AUGUCGCAGAAAUCCAGGGCCACACCGUCCUUCCAGUCAAUCCAAUCAUUGCCUGGCGAUUUUAGGUUCUCAGGCUCACCCGCUUCUGAUCGAUUUGGGGAUGACGAUAAUGUGAGGAAUAGUAAUAUCAUCUCCUCCAGUAUUCCAGAAAAUGGUGAAUCAAAGGAUAGCAUUGCUGACAUGGACCAAGUAAUUGAUGAUUCACCAUACGGUGGUAACACUAUCUCCACUGAAGACAGGCAGUCAAGUGGUGAUGAAGACCUGGAUUCUGUCACUCCACCUAUACCUUCAAUAUCUUCAUUUCGUACAGAACGUCGGUGGGGUGACACCACCUCUUAUGCUGGGAAGAAGAAGCUACAAUAUUGGUACCAACUUCCAAAUGGGAAUUGGGAACUGGGGAAAGUAUUGUCAGCUUCAGUCACUGAAACUGUUAUCUCACUGCCUAACGAGGAGGUUAUGAAGGUAAAAACCGAAGAUUUGGUUCCAGCAAAUCCUGAUAUCCUUGAUGGUGUGGAUGAUCUCAUGCAACUUAGUUACUUAAAUGAACCAUCAGUGCUGUACAAUCUUCAGUAUAGAUACAUUCGAGAUAUGAUUUAUACAAAAGCAGGGCCAGUGUUGGUCGCUAUCAACCCCUUUAAGAAAGUGCCUUUAUAUGGGAAUGAAUACAUUGAAGCAUAUAAGCGUAAAGCUGUUGACAAUCCACAUGUAUAUGCCAUUACAGACACAGCCAUCCGAGAAAUGGUUCGAGAUGAGGUAAAUCAAUCGAUAAUUAUAAGUGGGGAAAGUGGAGCAGGAAAAACUGAAACUGCAAAGAUAGCAAUGCAAUAUUUGGCCGCACUUGGAGGUGGAAGUGGAAUAGAACAUGAAAUAUUGAAAACUAAUCCGAUACUAGAAGCCUUUGGCAAUGCGAAAACAUUAAGAAAUGACAACUCAAGUCGCUUUGGAAAGUUGAUUGAAAUCCACUUUAGUGAAACUGGAAAGAUAUCUGGUGCCAACAUUCAAACUUUUUUGCUCGAAAAGUCUAGAGUUGUCCAAUGCACUGAGGGAGAAAGGUCAUAUCAUAUAUUUUAUCAGCUGUGUGCUGGAGCUCCACCUGCUCUUAGAGAGAUCCUGAACUUGAAGAGUGCAGAUGAGUACAAAUAUCUACAGCAAAGUGAUUGUUAUUCCAUUACUGGAGUUAAUGAUGCCGAAGAAUUUCGUGUGGUCAAGGAAGCUCUAGAUGUUGUCCAUAUUAACGAGGAAGACCAACAAAGUGUAUUUGCAAUGCUUGCUGCAGUCUUGUGGCUGGGAAACAUCUCAUUUAGUGUGAUUGAUAAUGAAAAUCAUGUGGAAGCUGUGGCAGAUGAAGGUCUGUUUACUGUUGCUAAACUGGUUGGAUGUAGCCUGGAGGAACUUAAGCUUGCUUUAUCAACUCGCAAAAUGCGUGUUGGUAAUGACAAUAUUGUCCAAAAGCUAACACUAUCACAGGCUGUCGAUACAAGAGAUGCUUUGGCAAAGUCGAUCUAUGCAUGUUUGUUUGAGUGGUUGGUUGAACAAAUUAACAAAUCACUUGCAGUAGGAAAGCGGCGUACCGGCAGAUCUAUUAGCAUUCUCGAUAUCUAUGGUUUUGAAUCCUUUGAUAGAAAUAGUUUUGAACAAUUCUGCAUUAAUUAUGCAAACGAGAGACUGCAGCAACACUUCAAUCGCCACUUGUUCAAACUAGAGCAGGAGGAAUAUAUCCAGGAUGGCAUUGAUUGGACAAGAGUUGAAUUUGAAGACAACCAGGAUUGCCUUGGUCUUUUUGAAAAGAGACCGUUGGGAUUAUUGUCCCUCUUAGAUGAAGAGUCCACUUUCCCAAAUGGUAGUGAUUUGACCUUUGCCCACAAACUUAAGCAACAUCUGAAUUCUAAUUCUUCAUUUAGAGGAGGACGAGACAAAGCCUUUACUGUCAGUCAUUAUGCUGGAGAGGUUACGUAUGACACAACAGGUUUUUUGGAAAAGAAUAGAGACUUGCUGCAUUUGGAUUCCAUUGAGCUUCUUUCCUCAUGCUCAUGCCACCUUCCUCAGAUAUUUGCAUCUAGUAUGCUCAGAUCAGAUCGAUCUGAGAAGCCUGUAGUUGGCCCCUUGCAUAAAUUAGGUGGUGCAGACUCCCAGAAGCUGAGUGUUGCAACAAAAUUCAAGGGUCAAUUGUUCUUACUGAUGAAACGUCUUGAAAACACCACUCCACAUUUCAUACGUUGUAUCAAGCCCAACAAUAGUCAAUCUCCUGGAAUAUAUGAGCAAGGACUUGUCCUGCAGCAACUAAGAUGUUGUGGAGUCCUUGAAGUGGUUCGAAUAUCGAGAUCUGGCUUUCCUACCAGGAUGUCUCACCAGAAGUUUGCAAGAAGAUAUGGUUUUCUUCUGCUGGAGAAUGUUGCAUCACAAGAGCCACUUAGUGUUUCAGUUGCUAUUCUUCAUCAGUUCAAUAUAUUACCAGAGAUGUAUCAAGUGGGCUAUACAAAAUUGUUUUUCCGUACUGGGCAGAUUGGGGUGCUCGAGGAUACCAGAAACCGUACACUCCAUGGUAUUUUACGCGUUCAAAGCUGCUUUAGAGGACACCAAGCUCGAUGUUACCUUAAGGAGCUGAGAAGAGGAAUCACCACGCUUCAGUCCUUUGUAAGGGGAGAGAAAAUGAGAAAGGAGUAUGCAGUCUUACUACAGAGGCAUAGAGCUGCUGUAUUCAUUCAAAAGCUGAUGAAAAGCAGGAUUGCAAGGCAGAAAUUCAAGAACAUUUGUGAUGCAUCAAUUGUGAUACAAUCAGUUUAUCGUGGGUGGUUUGUCAGAAGAUGCUCAGGAGGUAUAGGAUUAACGAAAUCUGGGAGCACAAAGGCUAACGAGUCAGAUGAGGUGCUGGUCAAAUCAUCGUUUCUUGCUGAAUUACAACGUCGUGUUCUUAAGGCUGAAGCUGCCUUGAGAGAGAAGGAAGAAGAGAAUGACAUUCUCCACCAACGCCUCCAACAGUAUGAGAACCGCUGGUCCGAAUAUGAGCUGAAAAUGAAAUCCAUGGAAGAAGUAUGGCAGAAACAAAUGAGAUCCCUACAAUCCAGCCUCUCAAUUGCCAAGAAGAGCCUUGCCAUUGAUGAUUCUGAGAGAAACUCUGAUGCAUCGGUCAAUGCAAGUGAUGAUCGCGACUACAGUUGGGAUACAGGAAGCAACCAUAGAGGCCAAGAUAGCAAUGGGGGGAGACCCAUGAGUGCUGGUUUGAGUGUUAUAAGCCGGUUGACUGAAGAAUUUGACCAGAGGAGUCAAGUAUUUGCUGAUGACGCCAAGUUCUUGGUGGAGGUAAAAUCCGGUCAAGUUGAAGCAAGUCUGAAUCCAGAUAGAGAGCUUAGAAGGUUGAAGCAGAUGUUUGAGGCUUGGAAGAAGGAUUAUGGGGCAAGACUUCGGGAGACAAAGGUGGUAUUGACUAAGCUUGGAAAUGAAGAGGGUAACAUUGAUAGGGCAAAAAAGAAGUGGUGGGGAAGGAGGAACAGCUCGAGGAUAAAUUAAAUUUAUGUCUUCUGAGUUAUUGGAAGAAAUUGAUGAUGAAGGAAGAAUAGGUCGAGAGAGAGGAUCAAGAUCCAUGUCAUAUAGAAGUAUCGUUUUAUUUAGUUGGGGCUAGUUGUCUUGUGGUUUUUGCUAGCCCCUUUCAUAGUAGGUCAAGGAGUUGCAGAGAAUUUGUGACGGAAUUUUGUUGUUGCAAGCUAUUUCGUGCCCUGCAGAGCUAGUGGUGUAAGCGAUUCCAAUAUGUACAUCUUUUUUAUUCUUAGUGCAAUGGAAGCUUUACGUUAA